UGGGACUUGAAAUUACUCACAAUGGCGGUUAAACAACAAGUUCGGCAUGCCCUGACACUAACGAGUUUGCUUUUAGCGUUUCUACUCCAACCAUGUCGGACUUUUGCCGCAGAACUGACGUGGGAUCAGAACGGCUACGUGUUGUACUGCCCGUGCAUGGGUCGCUUUGGGAACCAGGCGGACCACUUCCUGGGAUCCCUCGCCUUUGCGAAGAUGUUGAACCGAACCCUGGCGGUCCCUCCCUGGAUAGUGUACCGCCACCACACACCCCCUUACACCAACGUCCAUGUUCCCUACAGUGAGUUCUUCCAGCUGGAGGCUCUGUCUGCCUUUCACCGCGUGGUCAGCUUGGAGGACUUCAUGGAGAAGCUGGCGCCCGAACACUGGCCCUUGAGGCAGAGGAGAGCCUACUGCUUUGAGACUGCCGCGCAGCGAAGUGUGGACAAGAAGUCUUGCCCCAUGAAGGAUGGGAACCCGUUCGGUCCGUUCUGGGACUACGUCGGUGUGGACUUUGAUGCGUCAGUCUUGUUCUCUGGCAUUUCCUUUAGUGGCCACCACCAACCUCAGUGGAUGAAGAAGUUCCCCCCCUCGGAGCACCCAGUGCUGGCGAUGCCUGGGGCUCCUGCCCAGUUCCCGGUGACGGAGGAGCACGUGGGCCUGCAGCGCUACGUGGUGUGGUCGGACAAGAUGGUAGAGGAGGGAGAAAAGCAUAUCGCCGCCCUGCUGACCAGGCCAUACGUUGGCAUUCACUUGAGGAUUGGUGUCGACUGGCAAAAUGCCUGCAAGAUGCUGAAGAGCGGCGAAGCAGGGCCUCACUUCAUGGCCUCUCCGCAGUGCGUUGGCUACAACCGCCAGACCGCCCUGCCCCUCACCAUCACCAUGUGCCUCCCCGACCUGGCGGAGAUCUGCAGGGCCGUCAAGCUGUGGGCGAAGAGGACCUCCGCCCGCUCCGUCUACAUCGCCACUGACUCCGAGUCCCACAGCAGGGAAAUUGAAAAGUUCCUCGAGGGCAAGGUGAAAGUGGUGACCCUCGAGCCGGACUCGGCCCAAACAGACCUGUACAUCUUGGGACAGGCGGACCACUUCAUCGGCAACUGCGUCUCCUCCUUCUCCGCCUUCGUAAAGCGAGAGCGGGACGUCGGCCGCCUCUCGUCCUCCUUCUUUGGCAUGGACAGGCCUGGGAAAUCAAAUCCCAAAGAAGAACUCUAGGUGUGAGGGUGACGCUGUCGCCACCUCCAGACGCACGGGGGGGGCAAGUGGAAGGCGGAGAAUAUUUAUACGUGACGGCCCGUAAAGACCCAUCCUAUUUCCGAAUGGGUUUUAAUCCACGAGGAAAGGAGGAAGGACUUAUGAAAUAUGAUGCAGCGGUGCCAAUGCUGUGACCUGGACACUUUAUUUGAGUCUGUUCCCUGCUUGAAAAUCCAGUAUCUGCGUUUCCAAGACUUGGAUUCCACCUGCUUCUGUUUACUCUGCAAAAGCAAGUUUUUUUUUUUCUUUUCCAUCACAGAAACUUUUCCCAAUCCCAUUUAGCUUCCACCGCAGUCUGCGGCCGCGACCGUGUAUUUAAGUGCCGGCAUUGUAGCAGGAGCUCCGGUGACUCGUCCGGCAAUCAUGUGCUCCUCUUUUGCCCUCUUCUCGUACUCUACCCCACCUUUUCCAUCCCUCCUUUCCUUCUCCAGCUCGCUCGCUCUUUUCCUCUGCCACUCCAUUCCAAGGCGAGCACAGUAAGCCGAUCCUCCUGCACAUACUAAUUAUAGGGAGGAAAAAGGAGACCCUCUCUGCACCUCAAUUCCUUUUGGGACCAAAAUGCUGACGAAAAUGUGUGGAACCUCGUACUGAAUGUUGGGGUGGGGGGUGUCUUGUUAUUCAGUGAGUGUGAAUGGAUGUUUCUGGGAUGUGUUGCACAGGCUGAGUUAAUUAAAUGCAAGUGGGGGAUGUUGGGCAAGCAAAUUGUGUUAUCCUGUGUGAAAGCAGUGAAUGCACAACAUCUGAGGUUGAAUGGUUUUUAUAAUGUUUUUUUUUUCACCAAUAAAGUGAUGCACACUCA